AUGGCCUCAGUUUCAAUGGCAAUGUCAGUAACAACUGCAAAGCUCCCAACCUCUGAUGCAUUCAUUAAGCCAUUGCCAGUGGUGAUUAGGCCAUCAUCAAAGAAGGUUUCUGGUUCAAACAACAAAUCCCAUCUCAGAAUUGAAGCAUCUUUGAAGGAGAAAGCCAUGGCAGGACUAACAGCAGCUGCAAUCUCUGCGUCAAUGGUUGUACCUGAGGUAGCUCAGGCAGCCAGCAAUGACUUCAGCCCAUCACUCAAGAACUUCUUGCUCAGCAUUGCAGCUGGUGGAGUUGUCCUUACAGCUAUCUUAGGGGCGGUGAUCGGAGUUUCCAACUUUGAUCCGGUGAAGAGAAGUUAA